AUGACACGCUUUCUUGGCCUUCGUGGCACUCGCCUCAAUGUUGUGACCAUCAUCGGGGUAUUGAUGCCCGGGAUUCUGUCCGUGGGGUACAAUGCGGCAUCACUCGGUGGCGUCUUGAGCUUGGAAAGCUUUGAGAGGCAAUUUCACGAAAUUGAUGUCACAGACGCUCCCAACAAGGACCUGGCGUCCACCAUUCAGGGCACUGUUGUGGCAGUUUAUGCGAUUGGAGGGUUCAUUGGCACAUUUGCAUGUAUUUGGCUGGGAGAUAUGCUGGGGCGCCGGCGAGUGAUCAUGUCAGGAGCAGUUGUUCAGGUCAUUGGCGCAACCCUCAAUGCGAGUGCUUAUUCCCUGGCCCAACUUGUUGUCUGCCGUCUAGUCAUUGGCAUUGGAACUGGUGCCCUGCUGGCCACAAUUCCUCUUUGGCAAUCUGAGAUCUCGCCUGCCAGCAAGCGAGGCGCGCACGUUGCCACGAAGGGCGUCUUCAGUGGUCUUGGAUGUGCCAUGGCUCUGUUCCUGGACUUUGGACUAUCUUUCACGGACGGAAGUAUGGCCUGGCGAUUGCCAGCCGCAUUUCCCGUUAUAUUAUCCAUUACUGUCUUCGUUUUCAUCAUUUUUCUUCCCGAGUCGCCUCGCUGGCUCAUUCGUCAAGGGAGGACUUCCGAGGCUCAGGAAACUUUGGCGACAUUGGAAAACAGGGCUCUCGAUGAUAGAGAGAUCGAAACACGCAUUGAGGAAAUGCAGGCAUCCUUCAACCUAGCGGGGAACCAAAAGAUUAUGGCACAGCUAUUGUCUAUGGGUCCUCAACGAACAUCUCACCGGGCAUUCCUCGCCAUGGCCGGUAUGACAUUCCUUCAGCUGACAGGAGCCACGGUGACUACAUUUUAUACCACCGCAAUCUUUGAGAACAAUCUUCAACUCAACGAAUCCACGUCCAGACUCCUGGCAGCAGUUUAUCAACUUAUCGGCCCCAUCGGCGGUAUCGUCUGCGUGCUCACCAUCGAAGGUCUGGGUCGUCGAACGCUAUUAAUGGGCAGUGCGACCGGAAACGCUAUAUGUCUAGCCCUUAUCGCAAGCCUGGGCUCCCAGACUGACAAUAUCAUGGCAGUACAUGGUGCUGUCUUCUUCAUCUUCCUCUUCCAUUUCAGCUACAUCAUCGGGUUUGGUGGAAUCCCAUAUCUCUACGCCUCGGAAAUUGCACCCAUGAAUCUACGAUCGACGAUCUGCAGCAUCAGCAUCAGUAUAUCAUGGGCAAUCAGCAUUCUAGUUGCAAAUGUCACGCCAAUCGCAUUCAACAACAUGGGUCAGCGAUACUUUCUUUUCUUUGCGGGGUUCAAUGCUGCGAUGGUACCUGCAAUCUUUUAUCUGUUCCCGGAAACGUCCGGGCGCAGUCUUGAAGAGAUUGAUGAGAUUUUUACUCUUUCUAAGAGUCUCUUGGAUGCUGUCCCUGCCGCCAAGAAGCUCCCGCCACGUCAAGCCCAUGAUCUCCCGCCGCCGGAGAAGGUAUUGAUUGUGGAUAUCAAGACCCUCGAUAGUCCUCUCGAAAGUCCAGUCUGA